AUGAACCGCGACUGCCGCGCCGUCUUGAACUACCGCGCGUCCGAGCCCGUGAUGGCCGAGAGCGAGGCCUCGAGUCCGUCGGCUGCCCCGCUCUCUCGGUCCUACGUCCAGCAACUGUUCAAGCCCGUGGGCCCCGCCGCUCCAAUUGCGGCGUCGAGACACGAAUCCCCUCAGCUGCGGUCGUCCAUGCGCCGAAAACUGAAGCUCCCGGGCCGGUCGAAGCACAAACAGGUGGCCAAGUUGCCACGGAUGGACGAAGUGAUUCCGCGCGUGGAGGUCACGGACGAACAGCAGACGGCGAUGCGGGAACAAGCUGAAGAACUCAUUCAAGCGUGUUUGCACAAGUCCCGCGCGGCCUGGAGCGGCAGGAAGCAGAUUUUUGACGACCCACGGCAGUGGAAACUCCACAGUGCCAAGCCGUGUCUUGCCGUGUACAGACGCAAGGACCCGCAUCGGGGGGUGGCUACGACGCACCAGUUUAUCGCUACUGGCCGCAUCCCGAACCUCACUUUGCAGGACGUGGAGUAUGGCAAGUAUAGCGACACGACGCUCGAUGAACGCUCGGUGAGCGCGUAUUUGUUCCGUGACUACUUUCUCGAUGCUGCAGUGCUGCAGGUGCUGGAGACGCAGACAGAAGACGACCCGUUCCGCUUUUUUGGAAUAAAGUGGAAGGCUUUUGCGUCCCCUAGUGGACCGGCGAGGUUCUUCUCGCCUCGAGACCACGCGUACUACGAGUACGCCAAGACUGUCAUGACGGAAGAGGGACAGAAAGUGCUGGUGAAAGUGAUGCAGUCCGUGGGAGACGACAUCUUGCCGCCGCUGCUUCAGAUCGUUGGCCACGACGGACCGAGCGACGGCGUCGACCCGUCCAAGUUGCGCUUUGUUCGUGGCCACCUGUCGAUGAUCUCGAUGUACACUUUUGACGAGACGACGAACGCUGUCAAAGUGUUUGCUGAAGGAUCGUUGGAUCCAGGUGGUCGAGCUAGCUCGUGGCUGGGCAGUGCGUUCCUUUCGCAACUAGCGCCUACAGUCGCGCGGAUUGAGUACUGCGCGGACAUCAAGUACAUCAUGAAGCACGGCAUGAUCUUUCCGCACCCACCUGCAGCGCUUAGCCGCUCGCAGUCGGCACAGAGCGCUGUCAAAAGUCAGAGCACCAUGAGUGGCUCCGAGGUUACAGCACAUGGUCCCUCAGCAAUGCCGCUUUCGUCAUCGCAGCACGGAUUCCUUAUGACUGGAAUGGCGUUGACGCGUGAUUCGAGUCGAAUGUCAAUUUGUCCUCAACCAAGUUGGGUGCCAGAUCACCAGCGCAAAGUGUGCUUCGUGUGCUUCAAAAGCUUUGGCAUCGUCCGGCGUCAUCGGCAUCACUGCCGUAUGUGCGGUGAGGUCAUGUGCUCUCGCUGCAUGAUCACUCUGCCGCUUGUUGCGCCACCUGUUUCAGCUCCGCACGUGGUGGACGAUGAUGAAGUUGGAGAUGCCACCCAUCCUCGUCAUUCCCAGCGAAAUGGAAACCAGCCCGAAACGUGUGCUUCGAGCGUGUUGCUGAAACAGCCCGCCAAGAAGAGUCUGGAGGAGACGCGCUCGAAUGGAUACCCGGCCGUGAAUGAUGUGAAGCUGUGCAAGAAGUGUAUGUUUACCAUCCGCCAGGAACGCAAGGGCACGAUGAAGGGUGCCUCGAACUUUUACGCUGCACCCACCAUGAUCAAGCAAUUUCCUCUUGUGUUGCAGGGAUCGCUGGCUGAUAACGCAUGUUUGCGACCUGGACCGAUGCGUGGCUUUUUCCCGGGUGGUCGCUAUGCAGCUGAUGAUGAGCUCGCUGGUAGCAAUGACGAGGACGACAUCAACGAAACGGACGAAGAAUACUCGCUUCGCAUUGAGCGAAUGCGACAGAUUCACAUGGCACGGGAGAAGAAGAAGAACCUCCGGCGUAGCAUUCUUCUGUACGACAAAGACGACUUGAAGAACGGAGAAGAGUCUCCACCCGCGAGGCCAAGCCACUUGUUCACUGGCAGCGACAGCACGUUCAAUUUCGAUGAUUUUCUGCUGCCGACGCCGAAGCGUGAAGAGAACGAUGGCAGUGUCAGGCUGAGCAUGCGUGGCCGGGUGAUGAGCUCCACCAACCAAAGCGAUGCAGUUCCAUCAUCGGUGUCUCGUCGGCCGUCCACUGCGGCUCGCCAGUCGGAGAGCAGCUAUAAACUUCGGUCUUUGUCGAUCCCGGACCAAUUGGAACAGGUCGAGCGAUCGAUUGCACAGCAAGAAGCGCUGAUCCGAUGCAUUGCAGAGCAGCGAAGUAAGAUGACUCGCUCGCCGGAGAAUGACACGGUUGCAAAGACAGCAGCAACGACGGUGGGCGAAGUCUCGUCAGAAGCUCGAUCUUCUUUGCAAUACCCCGGCUCGACACAAACUGCGCCUACACCGAGAUGCGGCGUUUUCAUUACUCCGCUCUCAUUGAGCUCUUCCUAG